AAAAGACCCGGUGAAGAAGACCAGACGCCAAAGACGAAAACGAGAGGACGUGACUGUCUGAGCGACUGAAAAUGGCUUUGAGGGCAAGUUUGGGGACCAAGCCGGGUUUAACAGGUCUUCUGUCCCAGCUCUCCUGCAGCGCUCAUGCUGCUGCUCGCAUGUCUCCUGCCCUUGUUGCUCAGCGGAGGAGCAGCUCCACCUCACAGAAGGUCAAAGUGGAUUUUGACCAGAGCACAGGUGUGGCGGUGAUGCACAUGCAGAGUCCUCCUGUCAACAGUCUCAGUUUAGAGUUUCUCACUGAUGUCUGCAUCGCUCUUGAGAAGCUGGAGAUGGACAAGAGCUGCAGAGGCCUCGUCGUCACCUCGAGCCAGCCCAAGGUGUUCUCCGCCGGGCUGGACAUCUUGGACAUGUACGGGAAGAGUCCAGAGCACUGUGCGGAGUUCUGGAAAGCUGUGCAAGAGAUGUGGCUCAAGUUCUAUGGCUCCGACAUGAUCACUAUAGCAGCAGUCAAUGGCUCCAGUCCUGCAGGAGGCUGCCUGCUGUCGAUGACAUGUGACUACAGAAUAAUGGCGGAUAACCCUCGUUACAGCAUCGGUCUCAAUGAGACCAAGCUCGGCAUUGUAGCACCUUUUUGGUUUAAGGACACUAUGGUAAACACAGUCGGACAUCGGACCACAGAGAUGGCCCUACAGCUGGGGCUGCUCUACAGCCCUGCAGAGGCCUUGAAGAUAGGAUUGGUGGACCAGUUGGUGCGUGAAGACCAGGUCCUCACUACAGCCACCGAGACCAUGACCAAGUGGUUGGCUAUCCCAGGUAUACUAAACAUCAUACUGCACCUUAAGCUGUCCACUCGAGUUAUACUUGUCAUGUUUUCCACCUGUGGUGCUGCACAAUAUGUUCAUGUGUAUGUCAGGUUAUUGCUGCCAAAAGAUUCGCCUGACAGCCAAACUACAACAGACGUGCUGGGAAUGAAAAGAAUCGAGGUUUUGCAGCGGCUCCGUCAAAGUCCAGACAUCAGCUUGAUUGAAAUGCUACGACUGGAGUCUCACUAA